AGAAAAUCAAAGUAUGAGUUUGAGGCACAGACUCUUGUCAAGCUUGACAUACAUGGCCCUCUAAUAUUAAAAACAUCUACCUGACAUCUUUGACAGGACAUUGAUGUUUCACACUAAAUUUUGAAACAGUACCUACCUAUAUGUUUUCCAAACAAAUAUUUUAUCAUUUUUGUUUUCGGAAAUGAAACGCUUCACUCAAAGUAAAAAUUAUGGGCAGCUUUAUCGCAGUUCUUGUAGCAUUUAUAACGAUUUUUAUGAACGACCAGAUAUUUAAAGCAUCGCCAGCAGUUAUGCCGGGACCAUUGCUGUCCUCGUAUUUAUUCUUGCUAGCUUUGUUUCUGUUGCUUUGUGAACUACCCAUGUAUCCAAGUUCCCUUAGAAAGCUUGGAUUUUUCGUACAAGGAAUUUUUGAGGUACUUGUUGCUGCCUUUAUUGCAGAAGGAAUGACAGUAGACUUCUGGCUUCCUCUUGAAGCGGCAGCAAUGGAAAAUGUUCCAAAACUGGCUGAUCUAAUCGAUGAUAUGCUAUCUAAUGACGACUGGAAAUGUGACGUGCUCUGUAAUACACUCCGAAAUACAACAACUAGAUACGUCGUUAGUUAUUCUCUAAGUAUUUUCUUUCUUAUGGCUGUUCUUCAUGCUACCAGAAUCAUCGAUCUUAGAGUGCUGGAUGAAGGAUUUGGUUAUUUUAUCAACGACAUUGGUUUCAAAUUCAAACGAUUUGUAAAAAAACAAUUUAAAUGGGCAAUCACAAAAGAACUCGACAACAGUGUUACUAUCGACGAUGAGCAAAUAAUAAAAGAAGUUUUAAACGCUAAUCCCGGAUCAGGAGGUUCAUUUAGCGAUAAUAAUCUAGAAAUGAAACGUAAAACACCACAAAAGAAAAGAAACAAAAGAAUUACGAAAGCAGCACCCGGUAAUGAUGGUGAUAGAAGUGACAAAAGUGAUGCUGAUGCAGGAAAUUCUGGAAAACGCCUAACACGUUCAAGCACUUGUUGUUCUGAUAAAAAUCGUUUUUGUGACGAUAAACUAUCUGUCAAUAGAAAAAGUAUUUUUUAGUCAAUAAGUAAAAAUAUGUAAAUUUAAAGUAUUUGAAAAAUGAAAUAAAAAUAUUUUUUCUU